UGUGCAACAACGUACAUCGCCUUGCUUAGUGCGUGCUACGCGCGCAUAGGCAAUGGUGUCCACCAAUCAGAUUCGCUAGUCGGUUUAAUUCACGAUGAAUUGAUUCGUCUGUUGUCGCACACGAGUGAACACGUGCGCAAUCUGGCCGCCGACUUCUGGUAUCGCGAGCAGAAGAUGCCCGCGGAAAUCGAA